GCAAGGUACACGACAUUGACGCCAAGCGGCAGAAACGCAAAAGCGGAGACGAUGGGAUUGCAGACAGCACAAGCAACCUCAUGAACGGGGAUCCACUGAAUAUAGACUCAGAGGACGACGACUUAGACAUGGACAACAGCCACAAGCACACACACCACAGCAG